GUUAGCAUUAGCAACGCCGUGACGAGGCUUCGUCGAGCACGCGCAGCAGAGCAGGGGAAGAAAGCCAUGGAAGGUGGGUUGGCGAAGUUGGCUCAAUCCAGCCUUCUCUCCUUCACCGCUCGAAGCAGUCUCGCUCUCCAUCGCUCCAGGCGAGUUCGCGUCCCUUCCGUGCUCCUCCAUUCAGGGAGCGAUGCGAGGAGAGCGGCGUACGACGCGCUGUUGCUCGACGCGGGCGGCACCCUGCUUCAGCUGGCGAAGCCGGUGGAGGAGACUUACGCCUCCAUCGGAGCCAAAUACGGUCUUGCCGCGAGUCCCGCCGAUAUCAAGCGAGGAUUCAAGAGGGCCUUUUCUGCUCCCUGGCCUGAGAAGCUUCGUUACCAGGGAGAUGGGAGGCCGUUCUGGAGACUUGUCGUGUCGGAAGCUACCGGUUGUGCAGACCACGACUAUUUUGAAGAAGUUUACCAGUACUAUGCAGACGGUAAUGCAUGGCACCUUCCUGCUGGAGCUUAUGAGACAAUGAGUACUCUGAAAGAUACUGGAGUUAAGUUGGCUGUCGUGUCCAACUUUGACAUCCGGUUGAGGAAGCUACUGAAGGACUUAAACAUUGUGGAUCUGUUUGAUGCUGUAAUUGUAUCCUCAGAAGUGGGAUAUGAGAAGCCAGAUCCUGGAAUAUUCAAAGCUGCUCUAGAUCAACUUGAAGUGGAACCUAGUAGAGCAAUACAUAUAGGGGAUGAUGAAAAGGCUGACAAAUACGGUGCUGCUGUCAUGGGGAUUGAGUGCUGGUUGUGGGGCAGAGAUGUGAAGACAUUCUCAGAUAUAUUAAACCGCAUGCUCAUUCACGUCUAAAUGAUAUCAAGGAAUUAAUUGUUCUUCAACAUCGUUCUAGUUGUACCAAUCUUUUCUGUGCUUUGGGCUGCUGAAAUGUUCCCAUAAGGAGGAUGGCCAUCUUGUUAUUGGAAAAUUGAAAUAUUUAGGAGCACGAGUGAUGGAAGCAUCAGAAGCUUGAUAUUUUGGGGAAUGGCUUCUUAUGAAUUAUGUGGCUUUUUGUCGCUCCCAACUGCCAAUAAUCCUUUAACAAUUUACGCAACGGUGUCUUCUUUUGUCGUUGGUGAUUAUGAAUAAAAAGUUCAAUGGCCUUUGGGUGUCUACCGUGUUAGACAUGCAUUUCGACAAUUGAGUGUUUGAGAAACAUGGCAAUAUGCAAAUUAAGAUGCAGAUAUUUUUUGUUUUGAUACA